UCACUUCCUCCAGUGUUACGGGGGGGAAAAAAAAUCUGGGAAUGCGAGGGGUUGGGCUGAGCCGCACUUGGGGAACGGCGCGGACCUUGUGCUAGGGCUCUGGCCGUCCUCCGCCUGCUCAGCCCAGGGGCCCCGUGCAUCUACCACCAUGGAGCUGCGGUCUCAUCUCGGGGCCACCUGUUUGCUGGGCUUCAGUUUCCUGCUUCUCGUCACCUCUUCUGCUGGACAUAUUGGGCUUGGAAAGGGUUUUGGAGAUCACAUUCAUUGGAGGACACUAGAAGAUGGGAAGAAGGAAGCAGCUGCCAGUGGCUUGCCUCUGAUGGUGAUUAUCCACAAGUCCUGGUGUGGAGCUUGCAAAGCUUUAAAGCCCAAAUUUGCUGAAUCUACAGAAAUUUCAGAACUUUCCCAUAAUUUUGUUAUGGUGAACCUUGAGGAUGAAGAGGAGCCCAAGGAUGAAGAUUUCAGCCCUGAUGGGGGUUAUAUUCCGCGAAUCCUUUUCCUGGAUCCCAGUGGCAAGGUGCAUCCUGAAAUCAUCAAUGAGAAUGGAAACCCCAGCUACAAGUAUUUCUACAUCAGUGCCGAACAAGAUGGCUUCAGUGACUGAUAGUAAAGCUGGAGUCAAAGAUGCUUCCGACCAGAAUUUUGACUACAUGUUCAAACUGCUCAUCAUCGGCAACAGCAGCGUUGGCAAAACUUCCUUCCUCUUCCGCUAUGCUGACGACACCUUUACCCCAGCAUUCGUCAGCACUGUGGGCAUUGACUUCAAGGUGAAGACAGUCUACCGCCAUGAAAAACGAGUGAAGCUGCAGAUCUGGGACACAGCUGGACAAGAGCGGUACCGGACCAUCACAACAGCCUAUUACCGUGGGGCCAUGGGCUUCAUUCUGAUGUAUGACAUUACCAAUGAGGAUUCCUUCAAUGCUGUCCAAGAUUGGGCUACUCAGAUCAAGACCUACUCCUGGGACAAUGCACAGGUUAUCCUGGUUGGGAACAAGUGUGACAUGGAGGAAGAGAGGGUUGUUCCCGCCGAGAAGGGCCGGCUCCUUGCAGAGCAGCUUGGGUUUGACUUCUUUGAAGCCAGUGCCAAGGAGAACAUCAGUGUGAGGCAGGCCUUCGAGCGGCUGGUAGAUGCCAUUUGUGACAAGAUGUCUGAUUCACUGGACACGGACCCCUCCAUGUUGGGCACCUCCAAGAACACCCGUCUCUCGGACACCCCACCGCUGCUGCAGCAGAACUGCUCGUGUUAGGCAAGGCCCACCCUCCUGAUCUCCCCUUCUUGUGAGCCCACACCUACUCUGCUUUCCCCAUUACAAUCUGUCCACCCCCAGCCCCAAGCAGGCUGCAUUGCCACUGACUUUUGCCUGAAGUGGAAGUGGAAGCAUGCCCCUUGAGUUCUCUGCAGAUGGCCCCGCUAAUAGACACCCAGUCCUAGACUAACAGCCAGGUCACAGCAUGGGUAGAGAUUCACUUUACAAAAAAAGACUCCAUCAGGGGCGCCUGGGUGGCUCAGAUGGUUAAGCGUCUGCCUUCGGCUCAGGUCAUGAUCCCAGGGUCCUGGGAUCGAGUGCCACAUCGGGCUCUCUCUCUGCUCCUUGGGAGCCUGCUCCUCCCUCUGCCUCUCUCUCUCUCUCUGUCUCUCAUGAAUAAAUUAAAAAAAAAAAAAAAAAAAGACUCCAUCUUACAAAGGGUAUUCACUUCAGGGACUUGGAAAGUGAGUCUCUUUUCUGCCUUUAAAAUAAGAUUUCCUCCAUUUACCAAAAUUUGACACACGCACACUUUUUAGGGCCCGGCCAGCUGGCUAAGUGCAGCCCACCUGCACAGCUAAUCCUGUUAAAGAAAACGUCGUCAUACACAGCAUGCUUGUUUCAUAUCAGGCUCCCUGUGGGGCUUCCUCUCACUGCAAGCCAAGCUUUGACUCUCAAAGCCUUAUGCCUGUUACCACGGAUGCCCACAGGGCCUGGGGCAGUUGCUGUGGUGACAGGCCAGAGCUAAUCUCCAGAGAGCUCAGACUCUCUAAUGAUGCUGAAGGAGCAAAGGCUGAGUCAGAAAUAUUCUUAAAAGAAAAGAUUAUUCCCUGCAAAAUGUCAAAGGUUCCUGCUAUAUAAAAGAGCAGGAGAGUGAGCUCAAGAAAGACAACGAGAAAGAAAAGAGAAACACAGGCAAGAUAAAGGAGCAGGUCACGACUUUCUGAUUUUGCUGCUUUCCAGCUGGUUCUUAACUGUGGGAACUCCAUGAAAUUGGUCUUUGUUUUUUAGACUCCCAGAAUUUGAAAUAUUUAGAGCUACCUAGUCUGACUAGUCAAUUUCCAUCUUCACAUCUCUGAUAAGUGGCUGCCAGGCCUCACAACCAAAUCUCUUUCUUCUUCUUUUUUUUUAAAGGAUGUUAUUUAUUUAUUUAUUUAGAUAGAAAGACCGAGCAGUGGGGGGUGGGAGGGGCAGAUGGAGAGGGAGAGACUCUCUGGCAGACUCCCUGCUGAGCACGGAGCCCAACUUGGGGCUGUAGCCCACAAUCCUAAGAUCAUGACCUGAGCCAAAAUCAAGAGUCAGAUGCAUGACUGAGCCACCCAGGCGCCACUCCCCCCCCCCCCCCCCGCUUCUCUUUCUUCUAAAACACACCUUCUAGGCAGGGCUGGGAGCUCAUUGUCCAUACCACCUUUGGGCAGCUCUUAUAAGCAGAAAGUUUUCCUUGCUUUAAGCUGAAAUAUGUCCCCUGGAAAUUCCUCUUCCUCUUCUCACCCCAUUUAUCCCAGCUUUGCUGUCAGAGACCUCACAGUCCAAGCUCCUUCUGCCCCUUGAAACCCCCAGAUGAUUUGAGAACAGAAAUCAUGACCUCUGCCCUUUCUCUAAAGUUCUGCCAUUCUUCAUAGUGUCUUCUUGCCAUCCUGCCCUUUCUUCCAACCCAUCUUUCAGUCACUCCUGAGUAGUCUGACUGGGAAAUGUGAUUCAAAGCAGAAUAAAUCUAAGGGGGCA